UUUUACCGGAAGUAAGUGCAGUGACUUUUUGGUCCUUUUUUCAGGAAACGCCGCCGUCCAAACUGAACGUCACAAGGCAAACAUUGAGCGCUUUUUUUGCGUUGGACCGAGUUUUAAAUCUGCAAGCAUGCUCCUGAGAAUACUCGUACAGCUUGACCUCCUGUAUGGUUUUUGGCCUCUGGUUACUGGAACGUGUCAGCAGCAGCAUCCUCCGCCGCCGCUGCUGCUUGUAUCGUUUGAUGGCUUCAGAGCAGACUACCUGCAGAGGUUCCCGAUGCACAACCUGACACGUCUGUACAGGCAAGGAGUCCUGGUGGAGCAACUCACCAACGUGUUUGUCACAAAGACCUUUCCCAACCAUUACAGCCUGGUGACGGGACUCUACGCGGAGUCUCACGGGAUCCUAGCCAGCCAAAUGUACGACCCAAUCAGCCACAAGUACUUCCACGCUGGCAAAACUCGCGAUCCAAUGUGGUGGAAUGAGGCGACACCUAUCUGGCUCUCAGCAAAUCAAGCAGGCUACAGGACGGGGGUAGCCAUGUGGCCUGGCUCUGACUUGGCCAUCCACAACCAUACGCCCACGCACUUCUUGCCUUACAGCAGUAAUGUGACCUUCCGGGAGCGUUUGGACAGUGUGACAAAUUGGAUGCUGGGAAGUGAGAAGGAAGAAGGAGUGAUGUUUGCAGCUCUCUACUGGGAGGAGCCAGAUCGAUCAGGACACAUAUUUGGACCUGAAAAUACCUCGGCCAUUGGCAAAGUGCUGAAGGAAGUCGACGACGACAUCGGCCUGCUGAUAUCUGAACUGAAUCGGACCGGGCUGUGGGGCCGCGUGAAUAUCCUGGUGACCAGUGACCACGGCAUGGCUCAGUGCUCGGCCGAUCGCCUCAUCCGACUGGAUGACUGUUUAGAUCCCGACAACUAUACGCUGGUGGAGGUCACUCCUGUGGCAGCCCUCAUCCCAAACAACGAGCCAAAGGCUGUCUUUGCGCUGCUUGAGAAGUGCCACGCCCACAUGACCGCAUAUUUAAAAGAGGCUAUACCAGAUAGUUUGCACUACCGCAACAACGAACGUGUCCAGCCCAUCAUACUGAUUGCUGAUGAGGGAUGGACUAUAAUACAGCGAGGGGACAAACUGCCGAGACUGGGCGAUCACGGCUAUGACAACUCCCUACCCAGCAUGCACCCCUUCAUGGCGGCAAUGGGGCCCAGCUUCCGCAGUGGAUACCGACUGAAGAGUUUGCAGAGCGUGGACAUUUACCCGCUCAUGUGCCACCUUCUAGCUGUGCCCCCGCAGCCCAACAACGGUAGCCUGGCCGAGGCUCGGUGCAUGCUCGUGGGUGAAUGCGGCCAGGAUGUGCUGGUGAUCGCCGGUCUGGCGAUGGGUAUCCUGAUCGUGCUCGCUAUAAUGCCCGUUCUGUUCAAGCGACUGGCCCGCUGCUUUCGGCCAUCAGCUCCCCAAGCCUUUCGGAGACUUGAAGUUGAACACGGCAAUGAUGAAGAGGAGUCCCUGCUGGAGUAACUUCCUUCAAGCUUUGCCUGCUCACGCACUUUAGCCACCGUGGUAGACGAGACAAAUCCAUUGAGAUCAAGUCAUACUAUUUCUGGAGUUGUGCACUGUUACUUGAGGAUCCCGAUUGAGGAGACCUGUCAAACGAUGGUGGCGAACCUCUGCUGGCUGACAUUUUGACUCUGCUGUAGAAGCAAGUUUUCAACCAGUCUUCAUGUUCCGAAUGCAGCUCUGUUUCUUCUUUUCUCUUUUAAGACAGACCUAAUGUCUCUAAUUAUCUCCUACCCAAAUGUCACAAUCUUGCCAAACGGGCUUUCCAGAAGAAGGGCGUGGAUACAACACGCAAAAGGGCAUAAAUGAUGAGGUUGUCAAUAAUCCAAAGAGAGGCUUGUUUUUUUUUUUUUCAUUUAAAGUGUUAUGUAAAAAUUCCAGAAUAGGAACAACGCGUCCGGGACCCUUGUGAGAAAAAACAAUUCUGAUAAUGUAUGGAUGGAUGUUUCUUGCUAGGUUAAUUCACCUAUUGCUCACCCUUUUUUUUGGGGGGGGGGCUGUCAUACUAGUUUUAGUCAGCAAAGGGUGACGAUGGCUGACUUGUGCAACGCAUUGAGGUAUUGCAGGCAAACCUGAAAGUCCAUCACGUGCUGUAUGCAUUCAUAUAUGAAUGAAAUGACUGUGGCAUGAGAGAUGCCGUUUUGCACAAUAAAAAGCAGCAGGACGCCGAAGUAGAACCUACUGGACAAAAUGGUGA